AAAAUUUAUGAGAGCCAGCAAAUCACCACAAUGCAACCAUGUUACUGAAGACAGACUCCGUGUUUCGCCAAACCUCUUCAAAAACACUACUCACGCGCACCGCACCCGCCCAAUACACACACUCUCCCCUCUCCGUUUCUCGCUAAAAGCCCACGAAUCCACACUCCCCUUUGCUUUCUCCGUGAUCAUUUUCCGGCGAGAUCCCUGGUACUCCGUCGGAAAAUCCUGAUCGGAUCCACCAUCACUUUUUUUUACUGGAUUCACUUUCUCAUACCAAAAGAUCCAAUUAGAUGGCUCCGGUUUCGGCUCUCGCAAAGUACAAGCUCGUUUUCUUAGGAGAUCAAUCCGUCGGCAAGACCAGUAUUAUCACGCGAUUCAUGUAUGAUAAAUUCGAUAACACCUAUCAGGCCACAAUUGGUAUUGACUUCCUGUCGAAGACUAUGUACCUGGAAGAUCGUACAGUAAGAUUGCAGCUAUGGGAUACUGCAGGUCAAGAGAGAUUUAGGAGUCUCAUUCCCAGCUACAUUAGGGACUCCUCUGUUGCUGUCAUUGUGUAUGAUGUUGCAAGCAGGCAGUCCUUUUUAAACACUUCAAAGUGGAUUGAGGAGGUUCGAACUGAGAGGGGCAGUGAUGUUAUUAUUGUCCUUGUUGGUAACAAAACUGAUCUUGUUGAGAAAAGGCAAGUUUCAAUUGAGGAAGGAGAAGCGAAAGCUCGCGAACUAAAUGUGAUGUUUAUUGAAACCAGUGCAAAAGCUGGCUUCAAUAUUAAACCUCUUUUUAGGAAAAUUGCAGCAGCAUUGCCAGGAAUGGAGACACUAUCUUCAGCUAAGCAAGAAGACAUGGUUGAUGUCAAUCUCAAGUCAAGCAACUCAAGUGCAUCCCAAUCACAGGCACAAUCAGGAGGAUGUGCUUGUUAAUUUUAUGGUUUGCUGCAACUCUAUAGUUUUCGACUCAGUUUUAUAUUUUGUUUUUGACAACAAAGUAUUAUCUGUAAAGUUCUUUGUUGACUUUCGUAAAAUUUGAAUUUUUUGUUUUUGUUUUUGGUGUUUGUUAAAGUUGGACACAGAGGUUGUCAUCCUAGUUGAGUAAGACUUAGUAUGUUUUCACUUAUUUGUAUCAGUCUCUAGACCUAUGCAAUUUAGCAGCCCCCUUAUGGAACAAGUCUAUGUUAUCAGCUGAUUCAUUGCAGUUUUGUAAUCAGAAAUUUUUGGUUGGACGUUCUUGAGUGAGUAAUGGUUGAUCGCAUUGAAACUUUA